UUUCAUUGAAUGCGACCACGCGCUAAGCGAUGAGAUGUAUGCACGUAUCGGGUCCCGCUGAUAGCUUAUCCCCACUACCUAUCGUAGCGCUGUGGAUCCACCUCGAAAAAGAUCCAUCCAAGCAUUUCCGGGAAUUUCACGCGCAAGUGUCUGGUCCCUUCUCCGGAUCAUAGACUGUUGUACAUACUACCACUAAUCACCCAAAGGCGAACUCACGACCCCGACCGGCCGUUUAUUACCCUUGUUCAUAUUAAUACCCCUCGGAGCUUGAAACAACAUUACGUACUACAGCCGAAAACGUUCGCCCCCCUGGUGUACUGGACUACUACCUCGGGUUCGAUCCCUCCUUCGCUCCAGGGCCCAGGCAGGCGCAAUUUCACCUUACACGACACUUCACCGGGCAAGCCGACCACGCGCAGCGGUGAUAUCGUGCGCGAACACCCAGUCGACUCGCCGUUAAAUGGCCAGCCGGUUAGCGCUGCGCCCAGCGGCGUCAGCGCGACGAACGAUCUCGCUAUGUAGCUGCGACUACAUCUCGCAAGGCCUACCCAGGUGUUACGGCACGGUCACCAACACCCGCAGCAGUGUCGGACAGAUUCCGAGUGCUCUGGACAUUCCCGAUACACCGCGCUAUUCACAGACGACAUCGACGACAUCCACCGCCGUAACGAACACACGAAAAGACGAUUCUGUCCGCCUUGACACCACCAGCGGUCGGCCCUCGGUCCUGGUGUCCAAGGAAGCUGCAGCCCGAACACCGCUCGUCCACAAGAUUCAUAUCCUCGGGGAAGACAUCAAAUCGAAAUGGAUAGCACACGCCCUGUCCGAGGUCCAUGACCAGGUCGAGUUGAUGGCGUGGACAGGGCGCAAAACGCGAUACACCAACAUUCGUGACCGAGUGCGGAAUAAGCCUGUCGAGGCCAACAGGACUUUGACAGCCACAACACAACAGGAGAAAGACCCAGAGCCUAUAAAGCAUCUCAUUGUGACGGGAUCUGGGUCUCAGGCGAAGCAGAGCAUUCACAAGGUCAAGGACCGUCUUGACGAAAACUCGACUGUGUGUCUCAUGAGCCAUGGAUUGGGCGUGCUGGAGGAUGUGCGGAACAGUUUCUUCCGCGCGAAGCGCAGUCGGCCGGACUUCCUGCUCGGCCAUAUGAACCACACAUUACAACUGUCACGCGACAACUGGGCGGUGGAAUACGUGAAGCGCGGCGCCAUGAAGUUGACGACGCCGUAUGCGAUCGAUCCUACGGAAGAGAAUCCCGACCGAGUGGAGCAGCGAGUCAAUUUCGUCAAGACUUUGCAGACGGCCAGCGUGGUGAACGCCAGCCUUGAGAAGUACGACACCUGGCUGAGGGCCAAGCUCCCUUCCCUGGUAUACUCCGCCGUCGCCGAGCCCGUGUCCGUCAUGAUGGGGGUGCCGAUCAAAGACCUGGUGCAUCACCCGCCGGCCCGCAGUAUCAUGGGCAGGCUGCUAAAGGAGAUUCAGAAGGUCCUGCUCAAGAUGCCUGAAGUGCGGGGAUCACAGCUCAUCUCCCGAUUCGCCCAGGAUCUCAACGCGCAGAAUGUCUUGCAGGGCUACAUCCACAGAGGAAGGGACAGGAGCACCAUGACCUAUCAACAAUGUAUCGACAAGGGGGUGCCGACGGACGCAAAAUACUUGAAUGGCUACUUUUACAAAAAGGGGAGGAAACUCGGCGUGUACAUGCCGAGCCACCGCUUAGUCUGGACUGUUGUCGAAGCAAAGCAUGGCAGCGCAAUCUACGAGGCGAACACCCUGGUCCCUUUUGAGGCGACCUCGCUACCGGCCGUUGAGGAGCAUCGCUUGCGGACAACAGAAUCUUUGAGAAAAACCUACCGGAAAGGGCGUCGUACGGAGUAAAGUGCAUUGAUUGUCUUGGGUUUCAUGACACAUGGAGCGUUGCAUCGCAGGGAGCAGAAGGCAUCAUAGAAGAGCGGUCCUUUGGAUACUUUUUUCUUUCUUUUUGUAUAGUAUGUACGCAUUGUAAUACUAUGCUCACGACCUAGCUACUUGUUCUUUUUAUCAAUUGUAUGC